GUACUUGGAAUUUACAAAAUUUACAAAAUUUACAAAAUGCAUUCUGCUGCCGUGCUGCAUGUAAUUACCUGGUACCAUCUUGGACCCUACUACAAAUGGUAUCAUAUCAUUACCCCAGCUGGAGCUGAGCCACCAUUAUACUGUUGGAGCUAAAUCCUAGCGGGUACUCAUUCAACUCACCUGGGUCGAGUGCAGCCAGUUUGGAUAAAUUUCUUGCUGAAGGUGGUUUCAAGCACCUGAAGUAGGAUUCAAACCCACAACCAUCUGAUCAACACACUAUGACACUUCCACAUCCCUAAACCCCAGAUUUUGACUGUUGUUAUUUUGAAUAGGCAAACUAGUCAGUUUUGACUAUUGUUGCCUUGUUAAUUUGCUUUCCUUUUUUUCCAAAAACAUAAUAAUUUCUUUGUUGAAUCUAUAUCAGUUAGAAAAGUAAAGGAAAGAGAGGAAAGAGAAGAUCUUACGAAAUCGUGCAAGACCACCACUCCUGCCCUGUUCUGCACGUUAUCCUGACAAGCCCGCUCGAGGUGCAUUUCGAGGGCGUCUGAAAUGCAACUUCAUUUGUAUUAUAUUGACUGGCCUUGAGGGGAACAUCAAAUAUGUCACCCGCAACAGAAUCAUAUUUGCCCGAAUCUUUAGACGAGGGCAAUAUGGUUCUUUUAAGGGCGACAUAUUUGAUGUUUCCCGAAAGAAGAGCAAUAUUAUUAUUAUUACCUACAUGUAAGGCUGUACAAUGUGUAAUUCAAGCUACUAUUUGGAACAAUUUAUAUGCCUGUAUGCUUAUCACUACUUCUGAUUUCAUGUUACUUACGACCUUAGCGAAGUAAUCCUUAAUAAGCAAUUGUGCCGUAAUUGUUACCUUGCAGUCGCGCAUCAUGCAUGACGCGCACAUACACUCCAUGCGUAGAAAUCUUACGCUUGGUUACGUUUGUGUAUGCACUGGCCGCGCCGCGCAUGCGUUGGUUCAUAAACUGGUUCCAGCCAGAUUUCUGAAAUGCUGAAAUUAGCGAUCGAAAUCGGCUCCUACUGCACAAGUGCACUAGCAGAAAUAUGGCCAAUAUUGCCCUCUAUUUUGUACAGGAUUUCUAUGGGCUAAGCCCGGGGAGGGCAACAUGGCAAAUGUUUACCUCGUUGGUCUCGGAUUUAAAGUAGCGAGCGAAAUAUGACUUAUUUAUCUUCUAAAAUGCCUUGUAUAGGUAAUAAUGAUGAAUAUCCACACUCUAUCCAUGUAUUUUUAUUGAAUAAAGUUAAUGAGUAGUUUUCCUGUUUUGUAUUGUCUUUUAUCAUAGAGUCACCAUACAUACCAAGCUACAUGGAUCUUAGCAAUGGCCCAGAGCCAUGUGUCGUAUGUGGAGAUGCUGCUACAGGAUAUCAUUACAGGUGUAUGACCUGUGAAGGAUGUAAGGGAUUCUUUCGAAGGACGAUUCAGAAGAAGUUGAGUUAUUACUGUAAAUGGAAUGAAGAAUGUAUCAUAGACAAAACAACAAGAAAUCAAUGUCAGCAAUGUCGUUAUAAGAAGUGUCUCACUGUUGGCAUGGCACCAGAUUUGGUACUGAACGAGAGUCAGCGUAAGGCAAAGAGGGCGCUGAUACAGGAGAAUCGUGAGAAGCGUAGCAGAGAAGAGAUGCUGAGACAGACCGGUCUAAUCUCUACUAACCAGCUGACAAAUCAUGAAGAGUCGUUGAUUAGAGCUAUUCUGGUAGCUCAUAAACAAACCAGUCAUAUGUACAGGAGGGAAUCAAGUUCCGGGGAUGAGAGUGAACCUGAUAGCAAGAAACUGAAGAUGGAGGAUGAAAAACCCUUAGCUGAGAUCAUGACGCCUUCUAUAGUCAAAGUAGUGGAAUUUGCCAAGAGAAUACCAGGAUUUACAAAUCUUCAUCAUGAUGAUCAAAUUUUACUUCUGAAGACCUGCUGCAUGGAGAUCAUGUGCUUGAGAAUAGCUCAGAAGUUUGACCCGGACAGUCAGAAGUUGGUCCUCUCCAACGGUCUUCGGGUCGGCAAAUCCGACAUGGAUCACGGUGUCCUCAGUGAGCUAAUUGAACCCAUCUUUGACUUUGCUGUCAGUAUGUCCAGAUUACAACUCACAGAAACAGAGAAUGCUCUCUUAGCUGCAGUGUUGCUGAUAGCAGGAGACCGACCAGGUUUGAAGGAGGCUAAGCUUGUUGAGACGUUACAAGACAGUCUGUUAACAGCCUUCCAGCAUUUUAUCAAUGAAUCCAGGCCAAAGACCCCUGUGCACUGGGCCAAGAUACUCAUGAAGAUCACCGACUUGAGGACCAUCAGUGCCAGGCAUGCUGAACGCAUCAUGUGCAUCAAGUUGGACCGACCUAAUGAAAUACCUCAGAUAUUCUUGGAGAUGUUUGAUGAUAACGGUCUGGUCUGAGUCCCCAGCCUACCUCACAUUCAAUGCUUGAAAUAGUUCACCAAACCCAUCACAAGUAUGAAGAAACCUGCCAUCCUUGCAAUGAACAUCUACGGUUAUAUUGUUCCUGCACAUUCUCCAAACUUGUGGUGAUAAUCAACAGAGAUAACCUAGCUUGAAGCAUUCAGCCUCGAUGGAUUGAUUGAGUAAAAAACCAACAUGGCUUUAAUAGAUGGCAUCCAAAUUGAAGAGUCGACUAGUCACAUUCAGUUGUUUAUCCUACAGGGGUUAUUCUUACAGGUUAAAUUGCAGUAUUGAAACAUCACGGUAGUCUUCAAAAGUUGAAGAUGUCUCUUCCUACUAUUGACUGCCCUCCCAUGUUACUGUUGCUCUCCAAUCUAGGUUUACUACCUAUGAUUUAAAUUUUAAACUGGAUUCUGAAAUUCCCAUAGGAAAAGUAGAGUUUCCACCAGUUCCCAUAGAGAGAAAAAAAAUCCUGAUUAUUAAUGUUUUCCCUAUAGGAGGGCAGGUUAAUUAGCUCUGUAACCAUCUUACUCUCAGGAAUGUUAAGUAUUACAAUGUGUUUUAAGUAGAAUACUCAUAUCAAAACGUGAAAUACCUCAUAUCGUUCAUUUCGUUUUUUACAAAAGACAUGUGUGAAAACUAUAUGACAGUUCCUUGUUAUCUUCAUAUCUUUUUUGACACGAAUGACUUACAUGUAUGUCAGCAAUCCAGUCCAUGCCAGAUACACUUAAUGCUCAAUUCACAGACAUUUCCAAAUUCACUGAUGGUAAGAAUAGUCCAUGCAGAAAACGUAUUUAAUAACAUUUUCUUUCCUUUUCAUUGCAAAACGUCAAGUUUAGAAGAUUGAGUUUGAAUCACUCUCUGGCAUGGUUAGGAUUUGCUGAAAGAAGUUUCUCAGGAAAUAUUUUGAUUUGUAUCAGGUUAGUAGAUUGUUUGUUUCCAUAGUAACCAGUACCUCUCAGGGAAUAGCGAAUCGAUUUCUGAUAAUGCUCUGUGUUUAGAAGCAGAAGAGCAUUAAUUCAGGGGCCCGUAACACAAAACUUAGCAAUGAUCGUAGAACAAUUUUCUAAAAUUAAUUCCAUUGACUACAAUGUACAAUCAAUCGUGAAAAUCAAGCAUACGAGCAAUCGCUAACCUUUGUGUUGCGGGACCCAGGUCCUUUUAGUUAAUUGCUUUCAGACUCUUUGCUGGGGGAGUGUGUAUGCUAGGAAGAUCGUAUGUAUAGAAUUAAUAUAACAUUCUCAUGGUUUAUCUAGUUACAGUAAUUUGUUGAUGUACAUUUUCUCAAAAUAUAACCAUGAAUAUAUGUCUACAGUAUGGGUAACAUUUAUUGUCAAUUUGGAACUACUGUGUAAACAAUCUUGCCAUGUAAACCCAAAUGCAUCAUUUUGAGUUUCAAUCGGCAAGUUUUAAUGUUACCAAAGAUUAAGUUGAAGGGUCAACUGACAUUAGCUUCCAGUGUGAUUGUUCCUGUCUUAAUCUGUCAGGAAUUAUAGGUUUGUGUUAGGGUGGUGGUAGGGUUUUUAGGUCAGAAUAAUUUGAGGACAAGGAAUGGGGUAGGCGUAGGCCUAGAAUUAGAGUUUAUAUUUGGUUAAAACGAGAGACAUCUUUAAUGGAUCAAAUGCCAUGGGAUCCAUUGAAGAGUUUACAUCAUAUAGGGAUUUUCUUUUUUGAGUGUGUGUCUUAUUUAUUAAUUGUUCAUUUCUUAUUUUUUAUUCUGUUAUUUAUUUAUUUUUAAUUAAUUUAAGUUACUU